UAAUACAACACAACGCUAUGAUUUCACGCGUGUCCUUGGGCAGCCCAUGUUGUCAAAAAGGGAUUGCGCAGUAAGACAUGCUUGUAAAUAUACUGUAAACUAUUCUACAUGAGUAAACUAUACAGACAUGGCAUUAAGUCAUCUUAGCCUCCUGCGGCCAGUAUUGUGCAGAUUUCUGCCUUCCAUCACGAGGAUCCCAUUGGUGGCUGCCUUAAGAGUUCCUUCUUUGCCCCGAGCGAGCUGUCCUGUGGUUCUGCCGAAUUAUGUCCGUCAUUAUGCCACAAAGAAGAGUAAAGCAAAGGCAAAAGGCCAGACAGGCAAAGUGAACAUCAAUGCAGCAUUGGUGGAGGAUAUUAUCAGUCUAGAGGAGGUGAAGGAAGACAUGGCGACUGUCCUGACGACCCUGAAGGACGAUUUCAGCCGCAACCUCAGCAUCCGAACCUCACCAGGUGUGCUGGACCACAUAACAGUCACCACAAAGGAUGGCAAAUUUCCACUGAACCAGCUGGGCCAGAUAUCCAUGAAGUCUCCUCAGCUCCUUGUGGUCAAUAUGACUGGCUUCCCAGAGGCCUUGGCAGCCGUCACCCGCACCUUGCAAGACAGCAGCAUGGGACUCAACCCGGAAGUGGAAGGCACUAUCAUCAGAGUGCCUAUUCCCAAGGUGACGCGAGAGCACAGAGAGAAUCUGGUGAAAUUGGCUAAGCAGUUCAGUAACAAGGCAAAGGACUCACUGAGGAGAGUCCGCUCCAAUGCUGUCAGUCAAGUUAAGAAGUCCAAGGAGGGCAUCUCUGAAGACACCAUUCGCUUGAUAGAAAAACAGGUUCAACAAAUGGCAGACAGUUUUGCAGCAGACAUUGACAAACAACUAGCCACUAAAACCAAGGAGUUACUUGGUUGAAAACAACAAGGCCUUCCAAACUCCUAUUACGUCCCCAGUCAAAGACAGUCUGCUGUUCUUCUGACUGUAACUAAAAUCCCCUGAGCUCUCAAUUCCAAACAAAAAACACUUAAUGAUGGUGCUAAUGGAAGCGCAAGUGCCGAAGAUGCUGGUUUUGGGUGGUGUUUGUGUGUUUUUCUCAUGCAUUCACAAAUGUUGUCGUGGCACGGCAGUGGGUUGUGGCACUCCUCGUGCUAACAUCUUCAAACAAACAAAUGGAGGACAAACGAACUUUUAAUGUGAUUUGGGCUACUCCUCCUAAUCAAAGACAUUCCACAAAUGUGGUGUUUAUGUAAAAGCACUGCACUGAAUGUAAACUGUGGUCUUUACAGGAUGGUGAAAGUCGCACAGGGUGGGGAACGAGUGCACACAACAACAUGCUGCCAACAUUUGUUUCGCAUUCACUGUUGCCGCCACUGGGCAAAAAAUUGUCCUUUCCGUUUAUACAUUUGGAUUAAUCUCAUCUAUCAGUGUAAACUUAAUAAAAUGCAUCGAUUAUUGUUCUGGUCCUGU